CUAAGUGAGCCCCUAUGACUGAGGCGCUGAGCUCGCUGGCUAGCUAGCUUAGCUCAGCUCAGCUCAGUAGUUCCAUGAGCCUUCAGUCUGCAGACUGCUGUGGAAAGGAGAUGCAAUGGAUGGAUGCUAUACCCACUGCGGUCCACCAACGAUGGGGCUUGGUGUAAAUAAACGGUGUCCAUUUGGACCCGGGUUAGCAAGGCGCCGCCGGAUCAGUGCUAAAAUCGUAACGAAGUGUGGGUGAUUGCGUUUAGGCAGGAGGAGACGUUGGCUUGUUAUUAUUGGAAGAUUAACGCGAGCCGAAGCUGUCUAAAUUGCUACGUUUUCGAGCUAGCCCUUUGUCAUUGUGUAAAAUUGACUACUGGAGUCUCCAGCCUCAGGGAUGUUUUCCAAAAAGCCUCAUGGGGACGUCAGAAAGUCAACACAGAAAGUGUUGGAUCCAAAGAAGGACGUCCUAACGAGGCUCAAACAUCUCCGAAUAGUAAUAGAAAAUGCAGAGCCGCCAGAGCUGAAGCAGUUCUUUGACCUGAACUACUCCCAUAUCUACUAUGUUUUCUUUGAGAACUUUGUCACCAUUGAGGUUAGCCUCAAGCAAAAGGGUCACAAGUCUCAGAGGGAGGAGUUGGACUCUAUCCUCUUUAUUUUCGAGAAAAUCCUCCAGCUCCUCCCAGAGAGAAUCCAAAGCCGAUGGCAGUUUCACAGCAUCGGACUAAUCUUGAAGAAGCUGUUGCACACCGGUAACUCUUUAAAGAUCCGUCGAGAAGGUGUGCGCUUGUUCCUGCUGUGGAUGCAGGCGUUGCAGAGUAAUGCUCAACGCGAGCAACUCUGUAUGUUUGCCUGCCUAAUUCCUGGCUUCCCGGCUCCACUCUGCCAUGGGACUCCACGUACCUUGGACACUCUGAUCAACCCACCGCUGAGCUUAACUGAGACUCAAGUGACCCCAGAGGAGAUCACGCCACUGGUUCAUCCCCAGUCAGGUGACAAGAACCAGGAGGACCUUACCGCUUACUUUUUGGAAGCGCUACUGAAAUACAUGGUAAACCAGGCCAAGUCUCUGGAGUGGCGUUGUAAAGAGAAUCAUGAGCGUGGCUUUAGCUUCCUCUUUGGUCACUUCAGGAAAUGUUACCUUCCUCACAUCUUUCCCAACUUUGCUUUGGAAACGAGUCUCUACAACCCCAUACUAGAGGUUCCUCCCAUGCGUCCAAAACCCUAUUACAGUGUGGUGCGCCGGGAGCAGGACGGUGGCGAAGUUCUCUAUUGCACCAAGGAAAGUUUUCUUCAAGCCCGAGUUAUCUUCAUCCGCUGGCUGGUUUCCUUUUGGCUCGAGCCGCGACCCAACACGCACACACUGAUUCCUGGGACAGAAGGUGAAAACUUCCCCAAGAACAUACAGCGAGCAGCAGCCGGGCUCGCCGCUCGCUCCGCCGGCAGCUCGGAGGACGGCAGUGUCACCGGAUUGCGGCCCGAUAACCAUCUUGAAGGGAGCGCCAGCUUAUCCGGUCCAGGGGGAGGCAGCGCGGGCCUCAGUAGCGGCCCAAUGGGGGAAUCGGAACAAUGCCACUCCAACACGUCCACGUUGACGGAGCGGGAGCCGAGCUCCUCCUCGCUGUGUUCGAUGGAUGAAGAGCAGCUGACAGACAUGGAGGUGGUACGAAGAGUCCUGACCAGCUCCAGAACCAGCAUCAACUUCAUCACCGAGAUCUUCAGACAGGCCUUUCUCCUUCCAAUGUGUGAAGCUGCAGCAAUGCGCAAAGUGGUCCGUGUUUACCAGGAGUGGAUCUCCAUGGAGGACAAGCCAGUAUUUAUGAAAGAGCCAGAGGAAGGCCUGUAUCCCAUAGCAACAGCCAAUAGUAUGGACACAGGCUCAGAGAAAGAGGAGGAGGGAAUCAAUCAAAUGGUUGAUAGUGAAUUGUUGGAGUACAGCAUUCAUGCAGGAGUUCAGACGACACUACAGGUAUUUAUCACCCAUUCCUCCAAUGUCUUUUUAAUGGAGCCGGCCAACGACAUCAAGUUCCUUCUCGAGGAGCACGUGGACAUGUGCAAGCGAGUCUUGAACAUCUACCGCAGCCUUGUCAUGCACGAGACCAUGGACCAGAAAACAUGGGAGCAGAUCUUACUUGUCCUGUUGAGAGUGACAGAGUCAGUGAUGAAGAGACCCCCUUCCAUUAUGCCCCAUGGCAAGAAGUGCAACACACUGUCAGGAAGGCUGGCUGGUCCCAUCUUUCAGACGUUGAUUGUCGCUUGGAUUAAGGGGAAUUUAAACGUCUACAUCAGCAGAGAACUAUGGGAUGACCUCCUCUCAGUUCUCUCUUCUCUGACCUGCUGGGAGGAGCUGGUAACCGAAUGGUCCCUCACCAUGGAGACGCUCACAAAGGUGUUGGCCAGGAACCUGUACAAUGUUGAUUUGAAUGAGCUCCCUCUGGACAAGCUCAGUGAGCAAAAGCAGAAGAAACACAAAGGAAAAGGGAUAGGUUCAGAAGGCCAGCGGCAGAUAGUGGAUCGCUCCUUCUCUAAAGGUUGGAGCCGAGACCAACCGGGUCAGGCGGCCGCCAUGAGGCAACGCAGUGCCACCACCGCUGGCUCGCCAGGCAUCGAAAAGGCCCGCAGCAUUGUUCGCCAAAAGACAGUAGCCCUACGAAGCUGUUCUACAGGGGACUCUCUGCUGUCCUCAGCCUUUAUCCGCAGUGCCAAGAGUGCUCCUGCUCUGGCUCCGCCUCUACCUGUCCUCCUUCACCACCACCACCACCACCCUUUACUACCCCCCCUUGCCGACCAGCUGGCAGACCUGGAGGACCCGCCAAUCGCACUGACAUCGCGGCCAUCUCGGAUGCGCCAUUCUUCCCAGAGCGACGAGAACCCUCAGAGCUCGUGUUCGCAGGUGUUCCAGGGAGCGGCUCGCGAGCCCGAUAACCCGGCCCCUUCGUCGCUGGCGAGAAGCAGCAGCGCCUCUGACAUCAUGGAGCCUUUUAUCGCCGAGCGGGUCAAAGGUGAAGGAGACCCACAGGGAGAUCCCGGUGGCAUUCCAAACCCCACUGAUACUACUAGCAAUAGCGAGGCCCUCCCAUGUCCUUCCCACUCCUCUUGUCCUACCCCGCUUUCUCUCCUCCCCAAUGGUGUCGUUUCCUCAACCUCAGAGGGCCUAAACCACGCGAGCGAGCGCGGCCACGUCGGCUGUCAAAGCCGAGGUUCCACUUGCGAUUGGAUAAGCGACUGGGAUUCCGCCUUUUGUGCCGAUAAGGAGAUCGACGGAGAGGAGAAUGCCCUAACAAACCAGGAUGAUCUAUUCUCCUCAAUUAGGCACUAUCUCACUCACAAAGCGGCCGAGAGAAACGAGGCAGCGAAAUUGGCGGCGAGUCUCGCAUUGGAAAACGACAUUCAAACGUCGGUGGCGAACGUGAAAAGCGACACGCCUCCCGGGGAAACCGAAUCCGUCCGAGAGGUGCAAAAGGUCGUUGACAGACAGAUUUCCAAGGAAGAUAGGCAGGUAAGUAAUUCAGUUCGACACGGUAGCGUGGACUCGGCGGAGGAGAUUGAGGCAGAGCAGCGUAGCAUCUACGAGUGUCUGGAAAUGCAGUGUCAGUGGCCCUCGCUUGGUAUGAAAGGGAACCUCCAAGGACACGACGAGGAGAAAGGCAAAGGGCAAGUAGUAGUAGGAGUAGGUGGAGGAAACACAAUGGACGGAGCAGAUUGGGAAGGAAAAGGCGACUAUUGGAGCGAAAUGGGAGGAGGAGACAAAAACGAUGAUCAAGACACAGCCACAACUAAAAAGCCCUCUUCAACUAGAGCGGAGCCUAACACGGUCCAAUCGACCGGUGAAGCAAUUCAAAGUCCCCAAGACUCAGCCAAGCCCAAGAUGAGCCGUAACGCCAAAAAGCAUCACUCGGGCGGCGUCCAUGUGAGCUUCAGACCUUCUACUGAGUCGGUCCAGUUCCACAACCCCCUGGAGAAUAAAGAGGCCCACUGGAAAGCCAGGCUGCGGCGCCUCAGUCACUUUCACACUCACAGCCACUCGGCCGGGGAAAGGCCGGGAGCCAGGACAGCGGGGAAGCAGGGAGCAGCAGGCACCGCAGGUAAGUCGGCUGCCACGGCUCACAAAGCCGGGGGCCACCAGAGACCGCCGCUAGAUGUGGCCAAGGCAGCAGGUGUUGGGGACAUGGAGAACAGGACUGGCACCGGAGCAGGGGACAAGGACAAACGGCAGCAUCCGGCCGGAUCCGCUUCGGUGUCCGAGACCCACUUUGAGGUCAUAACCAGCGGUUCUGGCGCGCCGUCGGGCGUGCGAGGCCGAUUGGGACGCUCCGCCUUACGUUCUCGGGCUUCCCGUUCUCGCUCCCAGGAGCCCGGCAGCUCCGUUUCCCGCCACCACCAAGGGGCUCUUCUCGGUGGGGUGUAUAAGACGGUGGUUCACGCUUUGUCCGCCAAGCCCCGAGGUCAGGGGUCGUCCCAAGGUUCGUCGCCGCAGCGGCAAGGGCGGCCCGCAAUGGGUGAUGCUUCACUAAGAGACCUCUACUCCCAUGUCCUGGGCUACUUUGGACGAAAGUCCACCACGCCAGCCAACAAAGAGGAGGUGCCGCAGAAGGCACGUCCCGUCUCCACUGAUGUUGGAAAUAGCAAUCCUAAUUUCUCUGAUCUCAUGGACGAGUUCAUCCAGGAAAGACUUCGAGCGAAAGGAACAGUGGAGCGGCGUGGCAGCAGCCCGGGCAGUCUAGAAGUUCCACAGGACCUGCCGGAGCUACUCGAGGCUGGCCAGAGUCCUGGAUCUCGAGCCCCAGAUGACCUGAGACCUAUUGACGAUCCAGGGGUUCCUUCCGAGUGGACCUCUCCCGCCAGUGCCAGCGGCUCGGAUGUCGUCAGUUCCGACAGCCAAUCGGACUCGUUUAAUGCUUUUCAGUACCCCGCGUGCAAGUUUGAGAAUUUUGCAUUUAAUUCGGAACCCUUUGGUGGUGGAGAUCGAGGAAGCUCAUUGGACCAGGACAGCCUGGGAGGUGGUGUUGCUUGCGAUGAGCACGAAGUGGCAAGUUUGACCACGCUCCAUAUUGACUCCGAGACCAGUAGCCUCAGCCACACAGUCACCGUCACUGGUUCUGAGAGCGCCUCUCCCAUGCACUCUCUCGGGGGCUCUCGUUCACAGACGCCUUCUCCAGCGACGCUGACGGCAGAGCACAUUGCUCGCACGCACUCCCACGCGCACUUGCAGCUGGAUCAAAAACUGCGCAACUCGGUGCUGCAGACUCCCGAUGAUCUCGAAACCACCGAGUUCCCCGGUGAGGACUGUAGCGUGAUGGCAGGUGGCUCCCUCACCGGAUGGCACGCAGAUGUUGCUACAGUAAUGUGGCGGAGAAUGCUGGGUAUCUUGGGAGAUGUGAAUAGCAUCAAAGACCCAGAGAUCCAUGCUCAGGUCUUUGACUACCUGUGCGAACUGUGGCAAAACCUCGCAAAGAUCCGAGAUAAUUUGGGCAUUUCUCACGACAACCAGUCAUCUCCCCCACCUCCGGUUCUGAUCCCGCCUCUUCGAAUCCUCACUCCAUGGCUCUUUAAGGCCACCAUGCUGGCGGAGCGCUACAAACAGGGAAAGCUUCAUGCCUAUAAGCUGAUCUGCAGGAUUAUGAAGAGACGCCAAGAUGUGUCCCCAAACACAGACUUUCUCACUCACUUCUACAACAUUAUGCACCAAGGACUGCUGCACCAAGACCAGGACAUUGUCAACACCAUCAUCAAGCACUGCAGUCCCCGCUUUUUCAGUAUUGGUCUACCCGGAGCCACCAUGUUGAUUCUUGACUUUAUCAUCGCGGCUUCAAGAGUCACCUCUUGCUCAUCGUUAAACGCUCCGAGAGUGGAAGCCCAGAUCCUUCUGGGAUCCCUGGUGUGCUUCCCCAACUUCUACGGGGAGCUCCCCGCACUUCACCCCACCACAGCCGAUGUGGCGCUUACCAUGUUCCCCGACGUGAAGGAGCACAUUAUCAAAACGAUAAUGACCUCUGCCAGGGAUGAACCCUCUGCUCCCGCGAGGUGUGUGGCUUUGUGCUGUCUGGGGAUCUGGCUAUCUGAGGAGUUGGCUCAUGGCACUCAACAUCCACAAAUUAAUGAUGCUCUGAAUGUCAUCUGUGUUACUCUAAAGUACUCCAACAAGAAUGUUGCACUGGUGGCCUCAGACAUUCUUCACCUUUUGAUCAGUUACGUGGAUCAUCUUCAGAAAUUUCCCCCUGACACUCCAAAGAAGAUAGUAGAGAUUCUGAUCGCCACCGUAACACACCUGCUACCUACAACCGAGUCCUCGCCUCACGAGCUGGAUAAGAGGCUGGUUGUGUCCCUCCUGUUGUGUCUGUUGGAUUGGGUGAUGGCUCUCCCUCCAAAGACUCUCCUUCAAGCUGUUCAAACGCGCAGCCCCCCAGAUAAGGAGCAGCCGCCAAAGACCCUGCUCAGCUGCAUUUAUAAGGUGUUGCACGGCUGUGUGUACGGAGCGCAGUCCUUCAGCAGCCCCAAGUAUUAUCCACUGCAGCUGUCAGAUCUGUCAAGUUCAGACUACGAUCCCUUUAUGCCGUUAGAGAGCCUUCGAGAGCCCGAACCGCUGCACAGUCCAGAAUCUGAGCGCUCCAGCAAACUCCAGCCUGUCACUGAAGUCCGUAGUCGUAUCCAGCAGGGUCUGGUUUCCAUUGCAGCCAGGACUGUUAUUACCCACCUUGUCAACCAUCUGGGGCAUUACCCAAUGUCUGGAGGGCCCGCUACUCUCUCCAGCCAGGUGUGUGAAAACCAGGACAACCCAUACUGCGAGAGUGCAGAUCUCGGCCCUGAACUCUUCCACUCGCCAAAUCUGCAGUUCCUGUCGUUAAAUGGCUCCACGCUGCUCUCAGUGCUUCAGAUUCGCUCAGAGUCCGGCGUACCGGGAGGCGGAAUGACAGCUGGUUUGUCCUCCGCUCCUGCUUGUGUUCGCGUUAUUAUUCGGGAUGUGGCAGGAAAGCACUCCUGGGACUCGGCCGUCCUCUACGGGCCUCCGCUCUGCUCCCCAAGCAGCCCUGCGCACACAAUCUUGACACACACACAGUCCCCCCAUAGCGCCACUCUCCAUCUACGGAGCCCCACCAAAAAGAUCCCAGAGGAGCGAAAUGAAGGCAGCCAAGAAGACCAUCAAGAAGAGUCAGAGGAGCGAGGAAAUGCAAACGAAGCUCAAAGUCUUGAGCUGGAGGCAGAGAUGGAGGAGGAGGAGGACGAGGAGGAGGAGAAAGAGGUGAGCAAUGUCUCUGAAGAAGAAGAAGAAGAGACUGUGCGACUACAAAGAGGUGGAGGAGAAGAGGAAGAUGAGAGGCAGGCGGAAGGGAACAAGGAACACGUCGUAGGUGCCUUUGAGCAGCUUCUGGCUCCACCGCUGGCAAAGCGGCUUUGCCGGGAGGUGGUUCCAGCAUGGGAUACCCUGAGGGAUGGAGAUGACGCUCUGGAUGAAAUGCUGCAGUACCUCGGAUACUCAAGUCCCGAGUGUCUACAGAGGGCAGGAAUGCCACUCAACAUCCCGGUCCCGCCACCGGCGUGCGUUUCAGAGAAGCAGGAGAACGACGUGAUCAACGCCAUCUUGAAGCAAAGCGCCGCUGAGCGAGAGUUUGUGCUCCAUAGAGGCGAGGAGCUAAACAUGAGAGCAGUGGAACAGUGCGAAUCCGAGACGCAGACACCUCAGUCGGCCUUCUACUACUGCAGACUCCUCAUCAACGUGCUGGGACUCAACUCCUGGGAGAAAAGGAGUAACUUUCAUCUGUUGCGGAAGAAUGAGAAACUUUUGAGAGAGCUGAAGAACCUGGACUCACGGCAGUGUCGGGAGACGCAUAAAAUAGCCGUUUUUUAUGUCGCUGAAGGACAAGAAGACAAACACUCCAUACUCACCAACACUGCAGGAAGCCAGGCAUAUGAAGACUUUGUCUCUGGACUGGGUUGGGAGGUGGACCUCAGCACUCACUGUGGUUUCAUGGGUGGACUCCAGAGGAACUGCAGCACAGGGCAGACCACACCUUAUUAUGCCACGUCUACAACAGAGGUCAUUUACCACGUCUCAACUCGAAUGCCUCAUGACCAGGACCACAAUCUCACAAAGAAGCUGAGACACCUGGGCAACGACGAAGUCCACAUUGUUUGGUCGGAGCAUUCCAGAGACUAUCGGCGAGGAAUCAUCCCGACAGAGUUUGGUGACGUGCUCAUCGUCAUUUACCCCAUGAAAAACCACAUGUAUUCCAUCCAUAUCCUCAAAAAACCGGAGGUCCCAUUUUUUGGUCCACUGUUUGACGGCGCCAUUGUGGACAUGAAGAUUUUGCCAACGGUGGUCAGAGCCACGGCUAUCAAUGCCAGUCGGGCGCUGAAAUCGCUCAUUCCUCUCUACCAGAACUUCUACGAGGAACGAGCCCGAUACUUGGAAACCAUCGUGCAGAAUCAUCAGGAGCCAACCACCUUUGAGGAUUACGCUGCUCGCGUCUACAGUCCAGCUCCCUGCACUCAUCUGCCUGCAGACACAGGCUCCUGCCUCGAGAUUCUUCGGUCAGAAAGUCCGGCACUUGGGGAGGACUCGGCCUCCCCCAUGUCUCCUCGAACUAGCAAGACGCGCAUGUCCAUGAAGCUUCGACGUUCCUCGGGAUCGGCCAACAAGACUUGACGUGCAUAUCGCAUCCCGUUUGCACCCGAUUCAAACUGAAACAAAAUACAACAAAUGCAAUGGCUACUUGUGUCACAACUUGGAUGUUUGAGUCGUACGCUCAAAAAAACAAACAAAGAAAAAAAAACUUGUUCUAGGCCGUCUGUGCUACUGUAUUUGGUGGAAUAUAUUAUACUCUCACUUUAUUUUACAACUGUGCGCGUGUACACAAAGACGCGCACUGUGAUAGCGUUACACAAAUUCCUCUUCCACUGGUUGUUAGGAGACUUAUUCUUCACCAGGUCUUGAAUGAUAUGAGAAAUACUGUAUAAGAUUUCCGUGGAAAAUUGCAUGAAGCUAUACUGUACGUCUAUUUGGCCUCAUAGAUUGUAAAUACAACCUAAAAAUGCUUUGCCAACAAUAGAAAACUUUUGAGCCAAAAACCAAAUACAUUCUGUAUAUUUACAAGUUGUAUUGAAUUUUGCUGUAUCAUGUGGACAAGCACUGAUGUUUGUUGCUCACGUCUUUCCCUCCAUUCACUUAAGAUGUUGCUUAUUUUGUUCCUUUAUCCUGGCAAGGCUUUAGUCGACUUUGUCAUUCAGCGCAACAGAGCCACUGCGUAAUCUUUUAAGUUCUUUUUUUUUGCCCCUCUGAGUAUAAAUGUACAUAUUAGCUCAUUCAUAUCUGUAGUUUGGAACACGGGAGUCAUGUGCUGUUACGUGACAAUUGCUGCAAAAACCAAAUGUGGAUUCAUAUUACCAGAUAUUAGGCUUCAAAGCUUCCUCUUCCAAUUUGGUUCGGAAAAAUGGCAAUGAAAUUAAAAUCCAACACUACAAUUAAUACAUAAUACUAUCGAGCUGGCAUCUCAAGUACCAUAAUUCUGCUUCACUGGCAAAUCACAAAGAAAAGUAGAAGUGCCUUGAAAUAAAUUGAAAAUAUCUUUGGCGUCACAGUACUUGGGAAGCUCGGAAAUGUAUUGCCACUUUCCAGGAAAUAGACAGCUGUGUUUCCCGAAAGCUUUUCUGGAGUGGAUGUUCUUCCGCUCGCAUUAUACAUGAUGACGACGAACUUUGCUGGUAUUUCCUUUUUUUUUUUUUCUGUUUCACUGCAUUGACUGUAGCCGCUGUUUCAAUUCGUUUUGUUGGUUUGUCGAUAGCACAAAUGAUAUGCAACUUGUUCGAUUUCAAAGUAUGCCGAGGUUAAAGACAAAUAAGUCGAUUUCUAAUUGGUCAAAUUGCAGAAGCUUGCUGCUUGUUUUGGUCCAUUGCAAACACUCUUCAUGUACCGUAUGUAGCAGGCAUUCUAAAUAGGCUACUGCAUGAUUCCAGCCAACCCGGUACUAUAACUGCAUGUAUUGAUCAAGUAAACAGCUCUUCAUAAAGGCUUCACAAAAUCUUAUGGUCAAUGUGUAAACAAGCAAAAAAAACAGCAUGGAUGUGUUGAGAAUAAACUGUUGAUAACAUUCA